AUGAAGCUUGCAGUUUUUUUUACAGCUGCUGUUUCAAAACCUGCGUUGUGUGCGCCCUCUUCUCUCCAGACUCGAGGCAAAUUGUGUCAAGCUCCAGCGAAGAUUCGUCCGAUGAACCACAUGUGGGAAAAUCUGUGCCAGAAACCGAGGUCUGACUUGGCACCGCCGGAUGCCAAAAGUCUUUUGAAUGAGCGAAUUCUUUGGGAUGGCGAAGACAAGCCAUCAGGGGAUUAA